UUGGAUGCUUUUGGAAACAGUACACAAACUCGCCAAGCAUGAAGUUGAAGCGGUUUCUUUUGCGCUAUUAUCCUCCAGGUAUCAUACUGGAGUAUGAACAAGGCGGGAACCUGAAGACCAAGUCCAUCGAUCUCCUGGAUCUAAAACAACAGACGGACAUUGAUGCGGUUGUAGAUGAGAUAUCUCGCAAAGAGCCUCUGAUCACAGCCUCCAAAACAGAACAAGUCAGGAAGCUCAUUAUUCGUUUGCAGGAGAAGUUGUCGCAUCCAGACGAUCACCAUUAUUACCUGUUCAAGGUGCUACGAGCUCACAUUCUUCCUCUCACAAAUGUUGCCUUCAAUAAGUCAGGAUCAAGCUUUAUCACCGGUAGCUACGACCGCACAUGUAAAGUGUGGGACACAGCAUCAGGCGAGGAGCUGUUCACACUGGAGGGACAUCGCAAUGUCGUCUAUGCCAUUGCCUUCAAUAACCCUUUUGGUGACAAAAUUGCCACAGGAUCAUUUGACAAGACCUGCAAGUUGUGGAGUGCUGACUCCGGGAAAUGUUACCACACGUUCAGAGGACAUACGGCAGAAAUUGUCUGUCUAAGUUUCAACCCAGCCAGUUCAGUCCUAGCAACAGGGAGUAUGGACACGACAGCCAAACUGUGGGAUGUGGAAACAGGCACAGAGCUCAAUACUCUCAACGGUCACUCAGCUGAGAUCAUCUCCCUGUCCUUCAACUCGACUGGCUCACAGCUGAUCACGGGCUCGUUUGACCACACCGUGUCUGUAUGGGACGUACGCUCAGGACAGCGGAUCCACACAUUGAUAGGCCAUAAAGCCGAGAUCAGCAGUGCUCAGUUCAACUGGGAUUGUUCUCUCAUCGCUACUGGCUCUAUGGACAAGACCUGCAAGAUCUGGGAUACACAGACAGGCCGAUGUAUUGGGACUCUCCGUGGUCACGAGGAUGAGGUUCUCGAUGUAGCGUUUGACUUCACUGGACAGAGUUUGCUGACUGCAUCAGCGGACGGCACGGCUCGCGUGUACAACUCGGUCACUCACAACCUCAUGUGCAAGCUAGAGGGGCAUGAAGGGGAGAUCUCUAAGGCUUCCUUCAACCCUCAAGGCACAUCAGUACUGACAGCCAGUUCGGACAAGACAGCGCGGCUGUGGGACUCGGAGUCGGGCGUGUGUAAACAAGUUCUGGAGGGUCACACAGACGAGAUCUUCAGCUGCGCAUUUAACUACGAGGGAAAUACAAUUAUAACAGGUAGCAAAGACAAUACUUGUCGUAUAUGGAGGUGAAGCCAGUGUCAUCGUGCAAUCUGUCAUCAGUAUUACGUGUGUCAUGACCACACCCUCACUUCCAGACAUUCCCGGUCCAGAGCGACCUUCUCCCAGAUAUACACAUGAACCCUCACAAGAUGGGCUUGUCAAAACCGUGAAAUGGAGUGGGAUCAGUUACUAAACACAUGAACACAUUUAACCUUCAUUAUCAUUUUGUAAUACAAAUGAAGUUGAUUGAAAUGACUUGGGAUUAUCUUGACUGUAAAUUCAUUUCGAUCUGUACAUGGUACAUAUGAUACAUUAUUCUGUGAAAGCUUUAGUUGUUUAUUGUUGGCGAGGACAAAGGGUCAAAUUGUCAUAUCAUGACCAGAAGUAUUAUGAAUUAAAAAAUGAAAAUUGUCAAUAUUGCUAAACUAGAAAAAAAUAGUUUCAUUACACUACCUGUCUGCUUUUUGGGGGUGUAAAGAUAAGUUUUAGAUACAAAUGAGUCAGAAGGUGAUAUGAAUCCAAAACGGAAGCUGAGGGUAUUAACUGUUAUAUAACUUCACAUCAUCCACAAUAAUCUCCCUGCUAAUGAAAGUUUUUUUACACAGUCCAGUUGUGUUAAAAUAUGAUUUUUGUCUUCAUCAGUUAAGCUUUUUCUUUUUUGUGACUGAUAGUACAAAGUUGUAUUAAAUUAUGAACUUGAAUUGCAGCAUUAUUUUCAAAUGAAGUUGUUGAGAUUGUGUGUGUAAUGGGUUCCAAUAUUGAGCCACGUUCAAAUUCCCAAAGCAUUGUUUGGAUCAGCUCCUCAAGUUCAGUGUUUUCAUACCAGCUAAUCAUGUUAAUCGUUAUUAUUUAUCUUAAGCAAUACAAAUUUGUAUUCAUGUUGUUAUCCGACCAUGUUUGAUUUAAUUGUCAAAAUAUGAGGUGUCCCAAACUGUGGUCCUAGUCUUCACUUAAUAAUGUCAGUUUCAAACUUUUGUCAGAAUCAUGUUAUUUGGAAGCCACAAAGUGUGGCGUCUUUACCAAGAUUUCAAAUUUUAGCUUUUAAAGAAUAUUAAUCCAUGUCUGUGCAGGAAAAGGUUAUGUCUAUAAUGAUAUUAGUGAACCUAGUGUCAGCCAGUAACUUAGAUAUGCUGAAUCAAACCCACCAAAUCUUUAUUCCUUAGGAGCCAACCAUUUGAUAUUCUGAGGUUAGGGGAAAAGGGGGGCUUGUUUUUAAAACAAUUAGAAUACCCUUGUUCCUCCCAAUAUCCUGAAAUAAUUUGUCCUCUAAUGUUACCCCAACAAUAAGUUCACUGGGCAUGCGAGAUGCUCUGUAAAGUAAUGUGUUGUGAAGAUAAACAAGUUGUUUGGCUCAUCCUUCGUGAGAAAAAAUGUUUGACUUGAAGAACGGACUAAAAAAAUAUAUAUCUCAAACACAAAUCCCAGACUUCCCCUCCUCAGAAUAUUAGAUAGUCAGUUCCUCAACGUAAAAUGUUUUAAUCUUCUUUUUACACGACCUGAAAAA